AAUAAUAAGGGGUUUUUAGAAUAUGUUAGGAAAUCAACACCACCACCAUUUUUGUUGAAGACUUAUAUGCUGGUGGAGGAUCCGACCACCGACGACGUUGUAUCGUGGAACGCGGAUGGGACAGGGUUCGUGGUGUGGCAGCCACCGGAGUUUGCUCGUGAUCUCCUCCCAACACUUUUCAAGCACAGCAACUUCUCUAGCUUCGUCCGGCAGCUUAAUACUUAUGGAUUUCGGAAAGUUGCAACUGGCCGGUGGGAAUUUUGCAAUGAUAUGUUUCGAAAGGGUGAAAGAAAGCUACUUUGCAAUAUCCGAAGAAAAAAAGCAAGGUCCAAUAAGCAACAAAGAACUGCAGCAAUUAUUCAAGUGUCACCAAAGGAUUCUGAUGAAGAUCAUGAGAGAUUUUCGUCAAUUUCUUUGUCUUCAGGAUACAAUAGCCUAGUCGAUGAAAACAAUCAUCUCAAGAAGAAAAACGAGAUAUUGAGCUCAGAGUUGACAAGCAUAAAACGGAAAUGCAAGGAGCUUCUUAACUUGGUGGUUAAGCAUGCACAGUUUGAGAAAGAAAAAGAAGAUGAGAGUAGUCCAAAGCUAUUUGGAGUAAGGUUGGAAGUUGGAGGAGAAAGGGAAAGGAAAAGGAGAGCUGAGAUUAUUAGUGAAAGCUCAAGCAUUUUACUGUCUCAAUUUUGCAAAUAA